AUGUUCCUGGCACUCUUCACAAUUUGUCUUAUAUCCCGGAUGAACGGAAGUGAGGCUGAUGGCGGGCCGUGUAAAACUUCAGAGAGAUCAGUACCUGGUAAAGCACUUAAGAGACACACUUUCAAAGAGUUUCCAGUGAGGGGAAUUGUUGAUUGCCAAAACACCUGUGAAAGAGACCCUAGGUGUGCAAGUUACAAUUUUUUCAUUCCGGGUAAAGUGUGCGAGCUUAACAGUCACACCAAGGAAGAAAGACCUGAUGAUUUUGUGACAGAUGAACUGAGGUUUUAUAUGAGAAGAGAAGGUAUGAUAAUCUGUCUUUUUCCUCCCUUCUGUUUCUGAGUCUAAAUGCAAUUGAGCACAUGUGCAGGCCAAAAUACACGUACGAUAACAAAAUUCCAAGAUGAAAAUCAAAUAGGAUUGCCAUGUAUACGCAUCGUUAGCAAGCUGUAGAAAGAAAAUCGUCCACGUACUACAUUUCUCACAACUUUGACUUAAAAAUAACACGCGUAUGUUACCUGUUUUGUACCAUUAGAUGAUGACGAGUGCUUGAAGACCCCACCUGUCUGUGAUGUCAAUGCAAACUGCAAGAACACUCUUGGCUCCUAUCUUUGUUCAUGCAAACCGGGUUUUAUAGGUGACGGCAAAACAUGCCAAGGUUAG